GCCCGCAAAACAGCACAUCCUACCAAAUACCGCGAAUCUCUCGCUCCCGGCACUGUGCUCAUUCUCCUCAGUGGUCGCUUCAGAGGCAAGCGUGUUGUUCUUCUUCGCCAGCUUUCGCAAGGCGUCCUCCUCAUCACCGGCCCUUUCAAGUCCAACGGUGUGCCCCUCCGCCGCGUCAACCACCGCUACGUCAUCGCCACACAGACCACGGUCGACAUCUCAGGUGUGGACAGCGAGGUUCUUGACAGAGUGAGUCAGGACGCGUACUGGGCGCGGGAGAAGAAGGAGGGCAAGGGCGAGGAGGCGUUCUUCCAGGACGCUGAGGUAUCCCCGAAGAAGGAGACGGACCCCCAACGCAUCGAGGAUCAGAAGAAGGUCGACAAGCCCCUGAUGGCCAAUAUCCGCAAGGUGCAAGAUCUGGAGGCUUAUCUUGCGUCGAGCUUCAGCCUGCAAAACCACCAGCGACCCCACGAGAUGGUCUUUUAG